AUGGCUACCGCUGCUCUAUCAAACGAAUAUUCCGAUACAAAGAUCGAUGAUCAAUAUCUUGGACUCUUCUGUCUUGUCUGGCUCGAUGCCAAUAUAAAUGUUAAAGAAACUCGAGAUACAGAACAAAACUUGCGUUCAAUUAUCAACCAUCUGAAGAAGUUUCAAGAUGUAAAACAAUGUCAAAAAUUUAUUGAACAAAAAUCACAAAAAGAUCGUUUAGUAUUCAUUGUUAGUGGUCGACUCGGACGAGAGAUAAUACCUUCUAUUCAUAAACUUCGACAAGUUAUAUCAAUCUAUAUUUAUUGUAUGGAUAAAAAGAGCAAUCAACAGUGGGCUUGUAAAUUUUCGAAGGUGAAAGGUGUUGUUGUUGAACUUGAUGAACUUGUUUCGCGAAUUAAAGUUGAUCAUGAAAUUCAAAAGAAAGUCGAAGAACCAUUUUCCAUCAAUAUUUUUACUACAAGUGCCGAUCCUGGCAAAUCCACAACGGGAGUUAAUGGCCAAUUUGUUUUUUCUCAAGUUCUUAUUGAUUGCAUUCUACGACUAAAAUCUACUCAAACAGACAAAACUGAGCUGAUUAAUUAUUGUAAAACUGAAUAUGAUGGCAAUCAAAUCGAGUUGAGUAAUAUUCAUGAAUUUCAACAAGAUUAUUCACCUAGUAAAGUAUUACGGUGGUACACUAGAGAAUCGUUCUUUUAUAAAACACUGAAUGCUGCUCUACGUACCCAAAAUAUUCACAUAAUCUUUUUAUUUCGUUCAUUUAUUUCUGAUCUCCAUCAGCAAUUACAACAUUAUCAAGCUAAACAUUCUCUAAGAGUUUAUCGAAGUCAAGUAAUGUCAAGUGAUGAAUUGGAAACUUUGAAGCGAUCUCUUGGUCAAUUUAUUUCUAUUAAUUCAUUCUUUUCCACUAGUACUGACUAUUGGAAAUCUCUUUCAUUUCUCGAUUUCUCUGAUACUUCAGAUGAUUUAGAAAGAAUAUUAUUUGAAAUCGAUGCUGAUCCCAAGAUAGUCACAACAAAACCAUUUGCUGAUAUUAGUAAAUAUAGUGAGUUCAGUGAUGAAGCGGAAGUACUCUUUAUGAUUGGAUCUAUCUUUCGUCUUAAAAGUAUUAAUCGUGAUAAAAAUAAUGUAUGUAUCAUUCAAAUGACUUUGUGUAGUGAUGAUGAACAUGAUUUAAAACAAGUUCUUAUGUAUAUGAAACAACAAACUGAAGGUGGAGAAACAAAUCUUCGAACAUUAGGAAAAGUAUUAUGCCAAAUGGGAAAAUUUGAUUUAGCUGAAAAAUAUUUUAAACGUCUAUUGAAAGAACUUCCAUCGAAUCAUCCUUUACUUAGUAAUUUGUAUGAAGAUCUAGGCCAACUAGCAUCGCAGACAGGUAACUAUGACAAAAGUGUCCAGUGGCAUAAAAAAUCGCUUGCAUUGAAAAAGGAACAUAAAUUACCUGCCAAUUCCAAUAUUAAUGAAAUAAAGAGCUUCAGUGGUAAGUUCAUUGAGGAAAAUCUAUGA